AAACAGGAGAAACAGCAGCUGGAGUCUUCAGGGAAAAGUCUUGACACAUUGCCAAAGCUCUGCGCUGAAGCUAUGUAAUCUAAAAUGUGUGGUGCGUCGGGCUGAUCCAGCUCGCCUUCUAGUACUGGUAGCUUGUGUGGCUGUCGUGGGUGCUGGAAAGGUCUGGCCUGGGGAGAGGAAGGGGGAUACAAGCCUGAUAUUCCUGUGUCCCAGUGUUCGGAGGGGUCUGUGCAGUUCCCAAAGCAAAGGAGAAGAUGAAGACGUGGUCCUGCAUGGGGAUUGUUUUUCAGUCUGUGUGUGUGUGCGCGUGCAGAUAUCUCCUUGGUUUGUUUCCUAAGUGGCCAAGUUUGUACACACAAGUCCUUGUUAUGGAGCUCCAAGUACUGCAAGCGCAAAGUUGCAGCAAUGCUGACAAAGAAAUCCUGGAAAUAACUGGCUGCAACGAGGAUCGGUGAGAGGGUGAAUUCCCACUCCUCCUCUCCAAAAGCGUGUGCACAUCAGGCGUUCUGUGUUCACACAGACUGUUAAUCACCCGUGCUGAGCAAAGAACAGCCCCCUAACAGAAAGCACGCUGCAAUUUGUAACAUUUAUGUUUUGCCCACAUGUAUUAUCAGUCUUGACAAAAGUGGAAGGAGCACCCUUGUGAUGCAGAGAAGUUAUGCCAGAUGAAAUACAGAACUGCAUCCGUAUUCCCUCCACAAUUCAGACACAGCCAUUUCAUCACACGUGAUUUUUUCUUUGCAUUUCAGGAUAUAAUGAUGCAGUAGCUCGAAGCCUGGGUGAUAUAAUAGACAGGAUGAAGAAACAGGAAAGAAAAAGGAAUGAAGUUCAGCUCAGUAUGAAAGGUCUAAAGAUUUAAACUUGGCGGGGUUUUAAUAAAGUUAGAUGAACAACACAUGAUGCCUUGUGCUAUAUUCAUCUUCCAGCGCUUGAUGUUUCACAUGAUUUUCCAGAAGCUUUCAUUUAUUGAAUUUCCUGCUUAGAUUUUUAGCGAAAAGCAAGGAAGAUAAUGAAACGUCCCCAUUUUAAUUAUAACUUAAUUGCAUACAAUUAGCUAAAUACAUCACUUGCUACAACUACAGUUAAUGCGUUGUUAAAUAUUAUUUUUACAAUAGUGUGCCAAAUGAGAUAUUAAUAAUAUUUGGUAUCAUUAGCACUAGAUUACAAAAAUAUUUGCCUACUGCAUAUUAGGGUGUGAUAUGAUGCAUUUCCGCAUUGGGUGACUGUAUAGGUGACUAAGGAUUAUGAAAUAGCUCUCAACCCAUAUCCUGGAUUUUAAAGCUUCCAGAUUUGUUUGCUUAUUUUAAAAAAGAGGUAAAGUCAAGUUCUUGAUACUGUUUUUAUGGCAUGGCUUUCUAGAAUAAGCGCAUUCACGCUUACUCCUGAGCAGACAUGCUUUCAUAGUUACACUUAGCCUGCCCCAAUUCACUGAAGUUUGAUUUCUUGGUUCCUCUCUAUUCCUAUCUGCCAAGAAUGAUGAGGGGAAAAUUGAUCCUGCCUUGAGGAUGAGGGCUGCACUAAAUGACCUCCAUGGGGCCUUCCCAUCCCUAUUUUUCCUCAAUUCUGUGUAGUCUGGAGCUGUCACGCAUCCAGCCAGCUCACAGAGGAGUCCGGGCAAGCCGGUGUCUGCGCUUUGUGCACCUUCUGUGCUGAGAAAAUCAGCGUGGCACCGCUCCAGCUGUUACUCGGUGGCUUUCUGUUGUGCUGGCGUGAUGGAGAGAUACGAGGCUCCCUCCAGGGUUGGGCAUUCCCUCGGUGCUCUGGCUGCCCUGGGCAAUGUGGUGCCAGGUCAGUCCCGCAGCCUGCAGGCUUCUUGUCUGGCCCUGGGACCCUGGCUCCUCCUGGCUCUGGGGCUGCUGUGGUGCAGGACGGUGCCAAGCACCCUUUGCCAAGGGGCCAGGGCUUCGUCGGCACACCGUGUGCGCCAGCAACGCGCUGCGGAGCGCCUCAGAGGUCGCUGGAGCACAAGAGAGACUCGAGGCACCACAUUUCAGCCAGGGUUCGAACUUUGCCUCUCCUGACCCUGGGGACGGCUCACUCCAGGGUUUUGGUCUGGCCCAAAAGUGAUGACAGGAAGCCUUUGCAAACUUGAAAUGACAUUUGGCUUUCCAGGGCCACCCAGUAUCUGGGCUUGCCUUUCCAGGGCUACAAGUACUUCCAGGUGUUUGGGGCAGAGCCAUGUGUGAAAACAUCCUUUUGGAGACCAAUAGCUCUCUGCCACUUGCGCUGGCCGUAACGUGGAACCAACAACAAAAGGGAAACCCUGGAGAAGGACAGACAGAAAUAAAGGUUCUAGGGACUAAUUGGAAGUGUGGAAGAUGGGUGAUUAAUUCAGAAGAAUAGAAGGAAGAUGUUGCUUUAGUCGUGGCGAAGUUCUGGAUGGGCUGACCGGGGGGCUGAAGUUGCUGGGUGCGCUGUGCAGGGUGGCAGCUGCCGUGCAGCAGUUGGAUGCAGUGUUUACGCAAUACUCUGACAUUUGUGAUUUGCUUUGAAAAUAAAUACGAGUAGCUGCAAUGUGAGAAAUGCACAAGCUCUGCUCCAGAGCUGCCUUUGGUCUUCACAAGGAUCUCCUCUGGCAACAGGGGAGUUUUAUCCGUGUUUCUUCUGCAGUUCUUGGGCUGGGCAUCUGUGCCGGUGGAAACCCCGGGUGUGCAAAGAGGCCGGGGAGGCUGCUUUAUGAUGAGCUCACACUGAAAGCGCAAUUACUUUGGCUUUUAUGGUGUCCUUCUGUUCUUUUGUUCAAAAAUAAAACUUGAGGAUGCUUGGUAGAGGGUUUCUGUAUUUUCUCCCUUCUUCCUCUCUCUCAGCAUCUCAAGACAGAAGUGUUUAACAACAGAUCUUAUUAGAGGGGAAAGUAAGGAAGAGUAGAGUGAGCAGAGAGAGGUGAAGCGAACAUGAACUUGUUUCUGCAGCCUUUGACAGCUCAUCUGGUGGGAAUAAUGAGUAAUUUAUGUAGCAUUCCCCAUUCGGAUUAUUGAGUGGCUAGACUGAAGCUGGGACACACUCCAGGUCCAAAUCAGAUACGACAAAGGGGAUAUUUGUAGUCUUUUGUGUAUUCCUGUAUUGUAUUCAUUUUUAUUAAUUUCCUGAUACUGGAAGCAUUUGGGGUGGGGACAAGAUGGUCUCACUUCCCGCCCUGUCCUCGUAGUGGUCGCUGGGGGUUCUGGGGCCAGCACAGCUGUGGUGGGACUGCCCUGCUGCAUUCACAUGAGGUCCCUGCAUAUCCCCACUGUGCCAUCUGUCACCUGCCUGAGCCCAGCACUGCCCUGGGAGGAGAAGCUGAAGAAAGCAAGCGUUUCAGUGUAGUGUACCAGUGGGGAAGGGUGAUUUUAAAGUACUGCCAAAUCGUUCGCUGAUGUACAAGCGAGUUGCUCUGCCUCUCUGGGUCUGUCUCUGACACUCAGCUCCUCCUGCUUUUCCCCAAAACCCAGCUACUGAGAGAUGUCCUGCUGCUCAGCCACAAGCCCUGCAGCAAAGCGCAGACCCUUUCUCUCCAGCUGUGACGCUGCUCUGCUGGCAGACAGCCUGAGCGUGCAAGCCGGGGGUCACACGUGCGGCCCUGAUCUUACCCCUGCAGCCAGCGCUGUUGUAGGCACCUUACCCUGUCCUAGGAGAGGAUGAAGCUCAGAUAAGCACUUGGGCAGGGGUUUGGCUUCCCCAGCUCACCAGGGCACGCAGGAGAUGAAUUCUUUCUCCAGACAGCUCAAAGGGAGGCUGUAAAACCUUGGUAGGUAGAUUCAGGGCAGAAAAGCAGUGUGCUCCCUGAAAAGCCCCAGCGAGGUGCUGAGGAGUUGGCUGAGGUGCAUGGAGAUGCGGCCCCAGCAGCUCAGCUGCUCUGCGAGCAGUCGCACUGGGGCCAGGGAACUGUGUGCGCAGUGCCUGCACCUAGAGCAGGCUUUUGGGGGGUCCUGCGCUGUGACCUUUCUCAUUGCUCCGCUAACGGUGGGCGUCCUUUUGUGCGCUUACGGAGAAUAGAUGCGCAGCAGACUGGGAAAUACCUCCCAUUCUGUAAAAACAAACAAGCGGAAAGAACCAACAAAAUCCAAAUAAACCCCUGAGAGGCCUUUUCCUACGGCAGUGACUCUGGUGUAAGGGUUUGGGAGAGCUCUAGUUAGAAAGGAAAAUAGGAAUUUCAGCUUGCAAUAUAUUGUGCCUGUUUUGCUGCUAAUGAAAUCAUAUGCUACCCAUUACACUUAGGGGCAUAUUACUUUGCAGAUUGCAAACAACCUUUUUGGGUAACUAUUAAACAAAUUUAAAUGUGUCCUAAUUACAUUUAUUCACAGCAGCUAAGAUUCUUGAAAGUAAUGUUACUUUUCCACUGUAGAUCUUUAUAGCCAAUUUAGCAUUUCCAUUAGUUUCCAAAUGCGUAUGUCGUUGAAAAAAAUAUACCAACAAUUCCUCUGAGCCAGGUUCACUCCCACUGCAAUCCUUUUACACCCUUGCAUCUGCCUUUUGCAGACGUUACUUCGGUUUUAUACCAGUGCAGCUAGAAAUAGAAUUAGGUCUCCUACCUCCAGCCAACGUUAUUCAGAGUAAAUCCUCUUUGACAAAGCAGCAGCCAGCUAGCUGCCAGCUCUUGGCAGGCUGUUGCGGAACCCUGGAAUUGAUAUCAGUUUUAGAAGUUGAAAAUGCACACGAGGCUUAACAGAGAGGUAUUAUGCAUUUCUUUAAAAUGAGUGAGCACACUUAAAACCUAAGGCAGCUGUCAGGAUGGGCCCUCCACAGUCCCCUGAGCAUUUGGUAGCUGCUAAGGAAGGAAACCGAAAAUGGAUCACCUAUUUUUUCCACGCUGAUGCUAAUUUACUACAUGAGUGUCUCAGUAUCUCAGUUUAUCCGUAAAAUGGGCAAAUUGCUUACCUGGGCACUCCACCACAGAGCAGGGAGGCUUAUUAAUGUCCAGCAAUAGUAGCUGUAAUUGUAACAACCUCCAUCAGAAGGGCUCAGAGUGUUCAAAGGAGGACCCAUUACCCCGGUUUUGUGAGUGGGGUAAAUGAAACCGAGAACUGAAGUGACCUGUUGGAGCUGGCUCAUGGCAGCAGCCAGGCUCCCUGAGGCGCGAGGCACACGCUUGAGGCAGCCGCUAGAGACACGUUAGUGGGACAGGUGCCUUCACAUGCAUCUCCAAAUGCACCAGGUCCAUGUGAGCCUACAGCCCUAGGGAACCACCUCGCUCCCUGCAGAGCUUAGCGGGGCAUUGCAGGCCGGAUUGACUGCGGUCUUCUUGCAGUUUCGGGACUGGUUCUCUCUGUUGUCUUAAGCAGAGAAAUAUCCAUAGCUCUCCCUUGCAGUAUUUAGUAUUAGGAAUUUUGUAAUGCAAUUGCUUAUAUAUUCUUCCUGACCCUGUUCUCCUUGUAUCAAUAUGAAUUUGAAUUGUUUCUCCUUUUAAGCAAAAGGCUAAUAUUUCUUUCCGUCACCCACUAACUAAACCUAGAAUACCUGCAAUUAACUUAAACACCACUAACAAAGCCUCUAUGUUUUGCAAUGAGCUGGAGUCAAGACGAUGUAAAGUGACUCAUGGUUUAUAUACACGUGUAUGAAAGCCAAACUAGCCUUUGGAUAGCUACGGAUUCUUUCCAUCCCAUAAAAGACUGGUAGUUCAUACUGUUUCUCAUAUUUUAGUUGCUGGGAUUUCAUGCUGAUUGUGGUAUUUACUUAAAAUAACAAGCUAUGUGAGUCUGUCCAAUUCCCAAGAACCCCAUUGCCACUUUUCGUUACAAGCUACCAUUAAGUGACAGAAUUACAUUGUUCAUGUCCGCAGGUAUCCUGAACAUUAGACCUGUAUCUUGUGUGUAGUUUUCCCUCAUUGUUACCUGGCGGUUGUCUGCUUGUAUUCCCUCACCUCGAAUCUCUACCAACCAGAAACUAUACACUUGUAGAAGAGGCAUGCUGUUCUGUUACAGUGACUCAAUGGCUUUGCUCGCAGUCCUCUUUUUGUGCGUUAGCAAAAAUCCAUUUUUCUACCUGCAGCAUGAGUGCUGUUGCUGAUUAAAACUUUGUAGUAGAUUUUGAAUUGAAUCCAUAGUACCAGGGUGAAGGUUAAGUGUGCUGACAGCUUGCGGCUCCCUUGCGCAUUUCUUUGAAGCUGGAGGCAAGAGGGGGCAUGGUGGUCGGGUCUUGGUGUCCACUUAGAGAAGGAUUGGAUGAUGGACUAGAGUUCAGUCUCCAUUUCAUCUACAGAAGACAGUGUCUUACUUGCUAAUACAAGCUGCUGUUGGCUUCGACCACAUUCAGGUACUCAGAUGAAUUCUUGGCCAACUUGUGAUGUAGAUCUACUGUUUAGAUUCAUCUGUACCAUCCCUAGCAUGUAACUUAAUUUUCUCGUUGGCCUUCACUUUUAUUUAAAAAGCUCAUAUAUUUAAAAGGGGGACUCAGCUGUGGCUUAUGGCUCCAGUUGCAAAUCCUACAAGGAGCGCGUCCCAAUAGCAAGAAGCCAGCAACAGCCACGUUGGCUGCAGCUCCUUGGAAAGGUAGGACAGCCCACACAACCACCCCACAGUUGUGCACGCUCAAUAAGCUGCAACACUGGACUCGCAGUCCCAGAGAUUCUGUAGGUUAAUUCAGAUUAGAAGUGCUUUGGGGAUUAAGAAGUGCUUUGGGGUUACAAGAUGCAUGUAUCCUAGCACGGGGUGUUUACCAUUCUCCUUAAUGCUGCCUUCGGGAGCUGUGCACUGCCCUGUACAUGCUGUGCAUGGUACAGUUUGCAGGGGUGGGAAGGGCUCUUGGUGGUCUGCAAUGCUUUUUUGGUGUGUCGUAGCAAGGCAAGUGGUGCUCGCCACACUUGUAGCACAGUAGUCAAAAGACAGGUUCAAGCUGUGUCUGUCAACCAAAUAUACUUCCAUGGGAAACCAACCGGCAGGUAAUCUAAACAGGAUGCUUGCGGAAGAUUGUAAUCUCUAUCAGUGUAAGAACAAGGCAACUUGAGCUGAAGUUAAAUUUGAAAGAAGCCUUAAUUCGGAGCCCCGUUUUAACAUGUUCUUCGUUUCUUUCUUUCCAAGUUGACCAAGCUGAAACCAAUCUGCCUCAAAUUUCAUAGUCAAGAUUGUGUGCCAAGAUUAUGUAUAAAGUGGGUCAGCUAUUCAAAGCUGGUAAUUUAUUUGAAUACUGGAUUUGUACUGAUUUGUUGUUAUCUAAACUGACUAAUGUUUCAUAAAAACAGAUUUCUGCAUGUGGAUUGCUCUGAAAGUGGCAAAUCCUGCAUUUGUGCUGCCACGUUGCUCUGAGGCGCUCCUCGAGUGCCGCUGGGCACCCCAGCCAGGUGGGCUUGCCUCCCCCCUGGGGCACUGCUUGUUGAAGCAGGGAAGUGCUUGAGAAGAGAGGGGGAGUCAUUUCUGACAUGAAAGAGGGGCUGUGCCAGCUGGGUUGAAACAUUUUUAGGACAUCUUAAUGUUCUUCGGGGGGGGGAAAAAAAAACAACACAGAACGACAACCUUUUUAAUACAUAUUCGCAAUCUUCAAGCUCCCUGAAGCUUUCUUGGGGCAGCAAACAGUUGUUCAUCAGCACUGUAUGCAUAUUGCACUGGUAAAUGCCAUAGUGAUGGGCGUAACAGGUGCAUUGAGUUCCUGUCUGUGCCUCGCCCAGGUGUGGGUCAUCUUAGCUGGAGUUUUUCUGCACCCAGCUGGGAGCUGUGCAGCAGCUCCCAGGCAGGGGACUGCAGGGAAGUUCCCUCCUGCAGCUGCCACUGUCCUGGCCCUCACCUUUCUGCCCCAUAGCAAAGCCCUUGUGCUCUGGGGUGGAGGCAUCUCCCUGCAGAGGGGAUGUGUGCCCCGCAGCUCCCGUUUCAGAGGCACCUCCUGACUGACUGGGAUGUUUCUCAGCACAGACCGGCACACAGGCUGUGGCAGAGCAUGAAGACGCAGCUCCUCCUCGGACUCGGUGAGGCGCUGCUUCAAGGCCGCGAUCAUCUCCACCGCCACGUCCACCUGCCUGCUCAGCGCCCGCUCCCGCCGCUGCACCUCCUGCUUCUUCUGGGAGAGCUGCACGAACGCCGCCCGCACCUCCAGCAGCUCCGCCGUUUUCUGGGCCAGCUCUUUGGAAUAUGACAUCCAAGAGAAGAUUAACUUUGAAAUCCGCAUGCGAGAAGGCAUCUGUAAACUACUUGCAGUGAGCACGCAGAAAGACCAACUUUUGCAAGCGGUUAAAAACCUUAUGGUUUGCAAUGCUCGUAUACUUGCAUACCAGGCAGAGCUACAGAACCAACCUGGAGAGCCAGUCUCAUGCGGAACUGAGGGACGGUCAUCAGGCACUGGGACAAAAGACCGGGUGGCAUGCAGAGCAAAAGUUGCUAUAUCAGGGACUUUCACAGUGGGAAGUGCUUUUUUUUUUCCUGUCACUAAACACUGAAUACCUUUCAAAACUAAAUAUCCGAAUACCAUUAAUGUGGAAAGAUUCUGAUCACUUCAGCAAUAAAGAAAGAUCACAGCGCUACGCAGUGUUUUGUUUGUUCCGAAUGGGAGCUGAGGUUUUUGAUACAGAGGUGGCUAUUGUGGAUAAAGCAAUAACAGAUAUCUGUUUUGAAAAUGUAACCAUAUUUGAUGAAGCAGGACCAGAUUUCCAGGUGAAGGUUGAAGUGUAUAGUUGCUGUACAGAGGAGUCUUUAUAUGUGACAAACACUCCUAAGAAACUAGCAAAGAAGCUUAAAACAUCCCUCAGCAAAGCUACAGGGAAGAAACUCAAAGCUGCACUGGAAGAAGACGGCACUGAGUCCCUUUUGCUCACUGACCCAGUCAUACAUGGAGCAAAGUACAACUUGUUAGCAUAUACCACUUUGGGGCUGGAGAGUGCUGAAAAUGGUUUCAGGACCCACAACCUUACCAUUACAGGAAAUGAGGAAUCUUCUUUUUGGCUCCCCCUGUAUGGAAACAUGUGCUGCCGUUUAGUUGCACAGCCUUCCUGUAUGACUAGGGACAUGAUGGCAGGAUUUUUGAAUCAGCAGCAAAUGAUAGGAAGUUUAACUAGCUGGAGGAGGCUGUACUGCGUACUGAGAGGUGGAAAGCUCUUUUGUUAUUACUCACCAGAAGAAAUUGAGGCUAAACUGGAGCCAGCAUUGACAGUUUCCAUCAACAAGGAAACCAGAAUUCGAGCUGUGGGUAAGGACUUCAAGAGAAGAACUAAUAACUUUUCUGUUAUCAACCCUGUGUCUGGAGAGGCUGUGACUCAACUUUUUGCUACUGACAGUAGGGAAGAACUUCAUAACUGGAUGGAGGCUUUCUGGCAGCACUUCUAUGAUCUGAGCCAGUGGAAACAUUGUUGUGAAGAACUUAUGAAAAUUGAGAUUAUGUCACCACGGAAACCACCUUUGUUCUUGACAAAAGAAGCGACCUCCGUCUACCAUGAUAUGAGCAUUGAUUCUCCAGUGAAACACGAGGGCUUAGCUGAUAUCAUACAAAGAAAAAUUGAAGAGAGUGAUGGCGAGUUCCUGCUUUGCCAGCAAAAAGAGUCUGCAUCUUCCUUAUGGGCCUCACUCUUUGAUGGAUCUCAUGAGAUGGUCGUUCAGAAAAACAUGCAUCCAGCCCCCAGAAGAGAUACUGCAAGUCCCAGUGAUGGCAAAGGGAAGAAAAGAAGAGCUCCACCACCACCCUCUAAGUCACCAUACAGUACAAAAGCACAAGUGGACACACAGCAACUUGCCUUGCAACUUGGCAAGGAAAACUGGGAGAAACCUGACAGCGCACCUUGUAGUUCUUUGGAUUCAAAGUUAUCUAUGGUAACACACAUGCAGACACCUGUUGCUGCUCCUCGCAAAAUUGGUCCUUGUAGAAAAAACAGUUUAUCUGACCAUGGAAAUACCAGUUCUUUGGUUGCCAAGACAGUCUGAAACUAAACCAGUACCAACCCCUAGGCAGAAAUGCAUCGCAGAAAUGCUAGACCCUAGAUCAUGGUUGUAGCCACGGACAUAAUAAUUAGCUUAAAAGAGUCCCUGGAAUUUUAAGUUCCUCAGUCUUAAUACUAUAACUUUUGAGUGAAAAUAGAUUUUACCAUACAGCUUGUAAGUAUUGAGUUUAAAGUCUUUUUGGUUUAGUUUUCUGUCUUUUAGCCAGGAUGUUACUACUAGCUGCAUUCUCAGCUGUACUCAUUAUUGCUAACAUCUAAAUAAUUGCACUAGUAAUCAGGAACGGUUUAUAUGAAAUAAUGAUGCCACUUCUGAAACAGUGGUUUGGUACUUUUGCCUUGAAAAGUUGGCAGUAUUCAGGGUACCUCAGUGUCCCUGCACCACGGAUUUUACUGUUGCUUUCUACCAGUCCCUCAGCUUAUCCCAUCUGCAGCUCCUCAAGCUAGUUCAAUUGGGAAUUUCACACAUUCAGCGCUAGGCUCGCAAAAAUGAUUUUCUUGGGCUCCAUGCUUGGCUUCACCUGAAAUAUUCUCAUAUCUCCCUCACUGUUUGGGAACCGCUGCUUAUAAGAUAAUGUACUGUGAACAGUUACUGCACACUUCUGAAUAGCUGUAUACGAAUUUCUGAAGCAGUUCUAUCAAUUUAACGUGGAAUCUCUUCGGUGCUUCCUGGUGCAUGCACUGUCUGAAUGGACCAGGAUUAUCUGUGUACGAGCAAAAAUGGAAUCCAUCACUUUGGCUUAUUUUGGAGUAACGCAAACAUGUAAAAGCAGUACUGCAUAUGAACACUCAUUUGGGAUUUCAUUUUUAUGGUGUAUUUUUUCUGAUGAAUGGGGCUCUGUAGCAUCACUUCUCCUUCAUGGAACCUCUCAGCUGCUCCUGGUAGAUAGCUGGUUUGUAAACAUGACCGUUACUAGUAAACAUGUAGGUUUUUUUGUUCUCCCACUCAUCAUUUCUGAAAUAACAGAGAAUAAGUACUUCAGGUGAAAAUACUGAACUUUGAUGUUCUUACAUCAGACUGCCAUUUUUGUUAGAAGCAUGAGUUAUUACAGUUCCUAUGGCACCUGCAAAACAUCUUUUGCAUACAGAAAAGGCUUCUCUGCUGGAUUCACAGUUUAAAUAUCCAGUCCUUUCCUUGCUUGAUGUAUUUCCUUCAGAAGCUGGAACUUAUCCAGGAGCAAAGGUCUACUCGCAGAUUUCCCUCUAGAGCCUUCAUAUUCAGACCAGAGUUGAGUCAUAUCAGCAACUGUAUACAUCCAGUUCAUUAAUUCUUUUCUAAAGUACAGAUGGCUUUGGGAGCUUUACCAUUUCUCCAGAAGAUAUUGUGUGCAUGGUUGGUUGGUUUAUCUAUUUUUCUGUCUUUGCUAAGCUGUUGGCUAUACGGUUGUAAAGGUAUCUGCUGGAUUUCCUCCUUAGUUCAUUGGCUAUUUGGGGGUAGGACUUGAUGGGCAGGUUUCAUUUACAAAUCCCUUUGCAGGAUUAGAGCCCUCUGUUUCUAGAAUGCCAUUGUUCCUUCUUCAUUUAAUCACGUUGCAUUUUCCCCCUGAAACAACCAUAAUAAUUCUUACAACAAAUCAUGCUGUUACUUAAGUGGAUGGUUUGUGAAUGGUUUAUAAAUAGGAACAGAAAAACUGAAGAAUAACUACAUGAUUAUGUAAAUUAGACACAGUCAACUAAGUGGACUGUGCAACUCUGAACAAGAAAGAGGAAAAAUAAACACAGGGGAGUGGUGCAUAUUUUCCAAGAUGCAGCAGCAGUUUAUUUAACUUUAAAUCUAGCCUUAAAUGUUACUGUGCUCUGGAAAGAAAGAAUACCUUUUUCUUGGUAACCUCCUUCCACUUAGUUGCUAUAUUUCAAAAUAAAUCUGUUAUAUAUAUAAGGCAAGAAGGCAGCAUAAUGAGGAUUCAUUUUUAAAUUCAACAGGCUAUUGAAUUUCAGCGAGCAGUUUCCCUAUUAAAUUCAGGAGCUUUGUUUUGAACUACAACACACAUAUUUUACACAGGCAUUUAAUAUUAAAGUCUUCAAGUGAUGAGAAUUUACUCAUACCUCCUGUUGCAAUAGUUAAUUACCCCAGGUACAUUUUUCACUUGAUUUUUUUAAUUUGCAUUUCUAGCUCCACCUUAGUUAUUUUGGUCUUUUUAUGCCUUUGAUUGCUUAUAUUGAUCUCUGUAGUAUCAGCUUUUCUAAUUGCUUGUGUGUAGCUAUAAAUUGUGAUUGUCCCUUUUAACCUUUUCUCUGAUGAGAUGUACUGAAUUCCUUAACUUUCUUACAGCAAUGAAUGCUAUUCAAGACUAAUUAGUCUUCACGUUCUUCUCUACUUCUCAUGUAUUGAAAUAUUUUUGUGUGACCUCUGAAUUAGAUGCAACGUGUCAAUAGCGAUCCACCAGGACUAUACAGAGACAUAAUGUGAACCUCUUACUCUUAUUAAUACCUCACUACCCUAUUUCCUCAAAAAUCAUAUUAUCCUUUUUUUUUUUCUGCGGAGAGUUACCUGGGAUGCUGGCUUUUAUGGCUCAAGUCCUCUUCAGCGUCUUUUGAGAAUGCGGUACAUCAUCCUCUUAUUAUCCUACCUUAUUUUUUCUUAUAAGCGUGCACUGUAUUUUACCAGCAUUAAAAUACUGCUUAUGAAGUGAUCCAGAUUGCUCUGUAUAAGUGACCUGUCCUCAUUCUUUACUACUCCAAUGGUCUGCAAGCCCAUUGCAAAUUUAUUGCAAGUGAUUUUUACAGUUUCUUCUGGAUCAUUGAUUUUUAAAAUUGAAUGCAAAGCAAGGUUUGUAGAGAGAGCUGAUAAGUUCUUAUUAGAUUGGUGACAUGGACGAGGGGGACAGAGAAAAGCAAACAGACACACCAUGGAGUUCAUGUCUCUUUUUUUUCCCAGAGUCUUUAAAAAAUUGAAUAAGAUGGAAAUUCCAGGACAAACAUCUGUGCUUCUUGCUGAUUCCCUAUUAAUGCUGCAGUUUGAAAUUACCCGUCUGUCUUCAAUACAACAGUCUAUAUUGAUUUUUAUCUAGCAUGGGUAUCUUAAAGAAAAUGACAAGUUCAUCUGCUUUCCACUAGGUGCCUUAGGGUUCCUGAGGAUAACACCUCAGUACAGGUGUCUCUGCAAGCUUACCCUAUCAAAGGGAAAAAUGCAGCAUGUUGUUCAAGACCUAUUCACCAUGAAGCUGUGUUGAUUGACAUUACACAUCUAUCCUUAAAUUAGUCUCAUAUCCAUUUCACUGUAUUGCCCAGAUCACCACUAAGCAAACGAGGCCAUUAAUUACCCUGAUCAUCCUUCAGCACAAUGAUGUUGUUCUUGCAGUCCUGUGAAAUGUCAUGACUGUGGUGAGACUUGUUAAACUAAUUACAUGUUUAGGCUCCUACUGCUGGAAAGGCUUCUGCUACCAAAUGUAGAUGCUGUUAUUUUAAGCAACCACUCACUAUGCAAUCCCUAUUAUGAAGCAGCAGUUGACUUCAGGUUUCAAUAUUUAUUGUACUGACUUAAUCUUUUUUUUUCCUGAUGUGUUGCCUUUUAUUAGUGCCUUCGAAUCUUCUGUGCAGCAGGCUGGUUUCACUGAUUAAAAACUGCAUGCUACUAGCAAACGUUGAUCUUAGCAAUACAGUAAAGUCAGUUUGAGGGAAUACGGUUGUACUCAGUUUUUGUAUACUCAAGAGAACAUAAAUGCAAUAAAUGCAGCAAAUUUUAGGAGUAUAAUUACAAGGUAUACCUGUGAGGAAGCUUUAAGGUUUUUUUGGCUUUUCUGUAUAGUGACAAAUUACAAGUAUUUCAUUACUGCUCCUGGUCCCUUUCUUAUUAUUACAUAGACUUGUUCAGAAAUUCGACCUCCUCCUCUGUUUUUUUCCUCAAGUUUUACAGACCAUAAUAAGGAUGAAUGUUCAAAACAGGAAUUCAAUAACCAAAAGUCAUUUGAUUAACAUCUCUAAACAAUGCAGAAGUAAGUCACAAAGGAACAAGUGAUAUUAGCCGGCCUCCUGCUGUGAUGAGGCUUUUAAGACAGCAGAGGCCUGGGGCUUCUCCCAGCCAUUGCAGCCCCAUUACCCAACGUUCAUGUUUGUGCAAGCAAGUCAGUGCGCUGCUGCCUUGCAGCAGUCUGUGGAAAACCAGUGUGUGUUCAGAGACAUUGCACCUCUUGUGAGCGGCUCAAACUACCAAGUGUAGCACAGAGAAGACAUCAGUAGACUUGCGCAUCUUGUUCAUCUGCUGUGGCUGAGCAACAUGUGAAGAGGUGCUUUUCUAAGGAACACAUCAAGCCUGCUCUGAAAAUUGUACCUGUUUGUUCUCUGCUGGAAUGAAUUAAUUUCUUCUUAAAAGCAAUUAAGCAGUGGGACUGUGGUCUUGAAGUAGGGUGGAGAAAGUAGUCAACCUGAACUUUUCUGUUAGGAAGCACAACUUAAAAGCAAUUGCUAGUCCGAACUUGAAUGUAAAUUUCACAGAACAAGAACAACUUCUAAAAUACUGACUGAACAAAAUGUGGUUUAGCAACUUUUUAGGUUGUACCUUGUGUCAUUUGCUAUUCACUUGGUCUUGCAACGGGAGGCAGUACCUUUUGUUAUUUUGAAGACGUUAGCUUGAAAUGUUUACAUUUUUACUAGUUUUGUGACUUUUUUCCUAUGGUAGUCAUAUUAAUAGUCAUUUUACAGUGCUUUAUACAUAUCUAGAAAUACUGUCCUAGUAUUCAGAGUUGAUCUGUAAUUAGUGUAGAUUGCUGUUAAUAGAAAAGUGCAGAUUUGGAACCUAAUGUAUUGUGAAAUGUUAGAACAGGAGUCCUAAUUUUUUUUUGCUGAUAACGUAAUGUAUUUCAAUUAAAAUGUGCAAGUGGAAUUAAAAAUAUUUCUUUAAAAAAAUGUUAAAAGGUGUU